CUAUUACAUCCCAGGAGAGACACUCACACCCACUGGAGACACCGAGGGGGAAGAGGGGAGACCUAGCGAGGGACACAGGAAGGAAUACGAGCUCCAUAAGGAAAAGAAGCAGACAGGAAUAGUGACCGGCUGUCACAUCCCUGGGAGCACCCGGGACAGAGUGUUACUGGAAGUGCGGGCGUUCGAUCUCAGAAUGUCAGUGAUCAGAGAUGACUGACUGAAUGGAUUCGUCAGAUGCACAGGAGGAACGGGGAUGCAGCCUUGGGAGUGUUCAGGAAGAAAGAAUAUCCUUGAAAGUCCCAGUAUCUACCAUGGAAGGCUCAGGGGGACCCUGUACCAAAAUGGAGGAUGAUUUUGAGCCAGAGGCUGUGCGGCAUAUGGUUGGACAGAUGCCGAUUAAACAGGACACGGAUUCCUUGCCCCAGGAUUGUUCAUAUAAGACAGAACCCAAGAGUGACCGUUCUGGGUCUCAUUUCCAGGAGGACAAUAUGGAGCUAAACAGAACAGUAAGAGAGGCAAUACCUGUACUGGAGAAACUGUUGUCUACUGAUUGGCAGAAUGCAGUUUUGGGGAGUUGCUCCAUGGAUAUCAAAGAUAUAAAAGGUACCCAGGAGAGUUUAGCAGAGAAGGAGCUUCAGUUGUUGCUCAUGAUCCGCCAACUAGCUGGACUGAGGGACCAAUUACUGAAUGCACAUUCCGAGCAUAGGAACAUGGCGGCCAUGUUGUUUGAAAAGCAGCAGCAACAGAUGGAGUUGGCAAGACAACAGCAAGAGCAGAUUGCAAAACAACAGCAGCAACUAAUACAGCAGCAACACAAGAUCAAUGUACUGCAGCAGCAGAUUCAGCAAGUCAACAUGCCAUAUGUUAUGAUUCCAGCAUUCUCAGCUGCCCAGACUGUUCCACCUGAAACACAGAUGACGCUACCUAUCCAGCCAAUUCCUUGUAAGCCAGUUGAAUUCUCCAUGCAGAUGCUUCACAACUCUUCCUCAGCAAGAGGUUCUACAACCGGAAAACACCAGGAACCGUCCCAGCCUCUCAACUUAACAGCCAAGCCUAAAAGCACUGCCUCAUCGCCAACAUCCCGUGCCUCCCCAGGGGGCAGCCAGGGAAGUGGUGGCAGUAGGGAUUCUGCACCCAGCCCACAGCGGGCAAACCUGCCUUUAGGGUUUUUGGGUGACGGAGAUGCAAUCACUAAAGCCAUCCAAGAAGCACGACAGCUUCUCCAUGGUCAAAAUCCACCACCAGAUCAUCAUGAGCAUCACUACAGGAAGGAGAUUUUGGACUCUUUGCCAGACAAGGAACUGCAGGAUGAGCAGCAGACAGAAGAAUCUCUGCUAAGAUCUGGCAUUGACGUUGAUGGUGAGGAUGGAUCUCGUCAAUUCCCAGAGGGACGAGGAAAUCACAUUAAGCGUCCAAUGAAUGCUUUCAUGGUAUGGGCAAAAGACGAGAGGAGGAAAAUCCUACAGGCAUUUCCUGACAUGCACAACUCCAGCAUCAGCAAAAUCUUGGGGUCCCGUUGGAAAUCCAUGACUAAUACUGAGAAGCAGCCAUACUAUCAGGAGCAGGCACGACUGAGUCGUCAGCAUUUAGAAAAAUAUCCAGACUAUAAAUACAAGCCUCGACCCAAGCGCACUUGCAUUGUGGAGGGGAAGAGACUGCGAGUGGGAGAGUACAAGGCUCUAAUGAAGAACCGCAGGCAAGACACAAGGCCUGGAUAUGUCCUUUCAUCUCCAGGAUCAAUGCAGAGUCCCCCAUCACCAUCUGGAUUCCAGCCACAUUCCAUCGCCGGGAACAUGAACCAGCAUGCCACCUCUAAUCUCUACCAGUCUGAUACUAACCUGCCAAUCAUUCUCAACACACAAAGCUUGCAGCCUCACGAGCCAAGGGGAAUGAAGCCAAGAAGUUGCGACCGCUACAGUGACUCUGAGGACUCUGGGAAGAGUGAUGGGGAAUUAGUGGUGAUCACAGACUGAAGGAGCCUUCUUAAAGUGGCACAAACUUUAAUUUCUUUAAUAUUUUGAGGCAAGAGCAUCUCACGACGAACCCCACAGGAGCACUGAUUAGAAGAGUCUUUUCAUUGGCUCUUUCAAUUAACCAUUCCUAUGAUGACAAUCCUGGUCGAAGUACACUGUAGCCCGCGCUGUAGUAAAUUCAUAAAACAAAUUCGUAAUCUUAGAGGUUAUGAAACUCUUAAUAUUAUGAAAAGUAACAUUAGAAGAGGUUUUAUACUCUUUAAAAAAACAGGGCUAUUUGGAAGUAUGAGAUCAAGAGCUAACACUCUUUUGGCUGGAUUCUAUUAUAAGACAUUGUAAUCUGAAUAGUAAUUUUCCCACAAAUGUCUAAGGGAGAUCUACUAUUCUGUUACCAGAGUUCAACUUUUUUCUGUUGCAAUAUAAUAUAAUCCAGCCCUACUUGUCUAAUGAAGAAUGGGGUGAUAUAAUGCUGAUGUUCAUAAUCUCUAUAAAAAUAAGUCUAUACUUUUCUUGCCUACUAGGUGUACACGACAGCGGAGAGAUCAUCUAUGCUCUCUGUCUCUUGUCUAACAACUGUUUUGGGAGGUGUACAAUCAUUUCUUUACACCCCCCAAAGUGCCUUACUGGAUGAACCGAAGGAGUAUGAUUUAUCGCUCAUGUGCAGAUCUCAUUAUACACAAUAAUUACAUAAAAUAUAUGUAUAUUUUUAUAUUUCUGUAAAUAUAGUUCAUAGAGAUGUCUUUUUAUUUUCUGUUUUUGGUUUUGUUUAAUGAAGAGUAACUUAAACUGGAACUAUCUCCCCCUAUUUCCCCAACUUAUUACUGUGCAGGAAAAAAAAAUAAUAAACCUCCUCUGUGACAACUGCCUCUUAUUUGUAGCUCAAACAAACAUGAUGGGAUGCAUUCACAAAAUCAAUGCAAGGAUA